GUCACUUGUUUAAGAUGGGCAGCUAUACAAAUUGACUGACUGACUGACUAAAUGAAUGAAUGGUUUCUGCCCUUGAAUGUAGUUCUCCAGGAUGUAUCUAACUAGGAUGUGUCUAAUGGGAUGGCCAGUGGGAAUGAAGGAAAAAAUCAAGAUACAUGAAGAUAAAGAGGUUUCUUAAAAACUGCCAUCCCCUCCCCCCCCAAAUGUUAAGCUUAAAGAAUUAAACAUUGCCUCUGUUUCAGUGGCUUGGGACUAGGUAGUCUAGGAUGGCAAAAUAGCCUACCUGAUGAAUAGAUCAAUCCUAUUGGGCUAUGCCUGCUAACUAGAGGGAGGGGCUUUCCUGAAGGUUCUGGAAUGCCCUCCAGAAGAUACAGGAAAAAGCCGUUUGCUGUACAACCAAAGGGAACUCCAUGGCUGCCCUCCUCCCACUACAGUGGUGGUGGCGAAGUUUCAUUCUUAUCCUCUACUUUCCACCUUGCUGCUUCCACCACUGUCACUCUCCAACGUGAGGCAGGGCCUCCCCUCCCUUGGUUCCUGAAGGGAGAAAUGGGGUUGGGCAGUGCCAAGAGAGGGUUCCUCUGUCUUGUUUUUGCCGCUGGGAUAUUUUGGAGUCAGGCACCACCUCAGGGGUUUCCCUUCAUUUCUUAUGAAGUUAUCAUCCCAAGAAGGAUGGCACCCCGGCGAGGCCGGGAACCCCAAGACCUCACUUAUCUAAUGGAGAUAGAAGGGAAAGGCCAUGUGGUACAUCUCAGGCAGAAGAGGGAUUUUGUUCCUAAACACUUCCCUGUUUUUACCUACAAUGAGGAUGGGGACAUUGAGGUGGACUACCCUUUCAUCAAGAAUGACUGCUUUUAUUACGGCUUUGUACAUGGUGAGCCAUCCUCCCUAGUCACCCUCAGCAGCUGCUCAGGAGGACUCAGAGGCUUUCUGCAAGUGGGUAAUAAGCUCUACGAAAUUGAACCUGUGCAGGCAUCUGUUAGUUUUCAGCAUGUGGUCUACAGAUUGGAAGAGAAGGGGAAUGAAGUCCAAAUGAGGUGUGGAGUAAUGGAAGAAGACAAAAAUCACCAGGAGGCCAUGAUCCAGAACAGAGAAAACAUAAUAAGCAAAAGUACUUUGGGAGGACUAUGGCAAACUUACCCCAGAUACAUGAAGAUUGCAGUUGUAGUAGAACAUGAACGAUAUGUCCAAUUUGGCAAAAAUGAAACUUUCACUGCUAGACAAGUCCUGGAUGCUGUUCACAUUGCAGAUUCGCUCUAUAAACCUCUUGGGAUUCAUCUGGUAGUGGUUGGAUUAGAAAUAUGGUCACAAAAAAACCUCAUUGCAAUAGCUAAAAGCAUAGAUGAAUUGCUUGACACUUUCAAUACAUGGAGGAAAACGAUACUUGUCCAGCAUUUAAGGCAUGAUGUUGGCCACUUAUUUGUCUAUAAGCAUUUUGGGAUUAAGUUUGGAUUAUCAUUUGUUGGAUCUGUGUGUGAUCCGAACUGGGCAUCUGCUGUCGAGGCAUUUAUUACUUCUAGUUUAUUCUCCUUCACUAUAACUUUUGCUCAUCAGCUGGGCCAUAACCUUGGUAUGCAGCAUGAUGAGAAAUCCUGCACCUGUAAUCAGCAUUCUUGUAUUAUGGCUCCCUUACAAAGCAACACAAGUAAGUUCAGUAACUGCAGUUAUACCAGUUAUUCUAAGCUGAUGGAUAAUAGUAGAAAACAAUGUCUGUUAAUUCCACCGGAACAUGAGAAAUUGUAUGACCUCAAAAACUGUGGCAACAAGGUGGUAGAGAGUGGAGAACAGUGUGACUGUGGUUCAAAAUUCCAUUGUGAAUCAGAUGUGUGUUGCCAGUCUAACUGUAUGUUGCGUUCAGGAGCCACUUGUGCUUUUGGAAAAUGCUGUGCUGACUGUCAGCUUCUUCCAGCUGGAACAGUUUGUAGAGAAAGGACUAACAUGUGUGAUCUUCCUGAAUACUGCACCGGAGUUUCAGAGUGGUGUCCUGAAGAUGUUUAUGUACAGGAUGGAGCACCAUGCUCUGAUGGGGCCUAUUGCUAUCAUGGAAAAUGCUCUACUCACAAUGAGCAAUGCAAAGUUAUCUUUGGCAAGGAAGCAUUGGUUGCCCCACUGGACUGCUUCAAAGAAAUAAAUACUCGAGGUGAUCGUUUUGGCAAUUGUGGCAUUAUUCCUGGUAAUAUGUAUAAGAAGUGUGAGAACAAUAAUGUCUUGUGUGGCAGAGUCCAGUGUGUAAACAUUGGCGAAGUGCCUAAUUUGAAUGAGCAGAACACCAUAAUUCAAACUCCUCUUAGCAACCAUUUGUGCUGGGGUACAGAUUCUCCAAGUGGAAUUGGUGUAACUGAUAUUGGAGCAGUGAGAGAUGGCACACAGUGUGGCAUCGGCAUGAUAUGCAUUAAUGGUGAUUGUAUCAAGGUCUCCCUCCUGAACUAUGAUUGUAAUCAAACCAAGUGCCACAACAGAGGAAUAUGCAACUCUCAUAAACAUUGUCAUUGUAACUCUGGUUGGGCCCCUCCAUAUUGCCUAAAGGAAGGCAGUGGUGGCAGCAUUGACAGUGGGCCUCCUCCACCAAACAGUAGCAGUGGAAGAAGGACUAAAGGCAUUGUUAUAGGUCUUUCUGCUGCUGCUCUUCUAGCUGGGUUUGGCAUCUUAUAACAAAUCUGAAUGUUGGAUGACAGACCUUGAUAACUCCAACUCUGACAUGAGGACAAGCUCUGUUAUGAACUCUUAGGAGGCUAGGAGGUUUCCAGAAAUAUCCAUUCAGUGCACUGUGCUGCAAAUAAUGCAUUUUGUUUCUUGUAAAAGAAAUUUGGCCUGUAAAAAUUGUUUUUAGAUCUUCAUCAAUGUAGUUUUCUAGGCUUAUGUUCAGGCUCCUCUUUAUGCAAAUAGGUGGUUGUUGCAGGCCAUGUGGAGGUAAUCCAGGCUGACUAUUAGGAAAACCAUCAGAUAAAAAUAUAGAAAGAAAUUCAAACCUUAUCCAUUAUUUUAAUUGGCUCUUCCUAUAAAAAUUGCUGUAUGGAGGGAAAAACUGGAGUUUUUUGUACUUAUUAGAGCUGAACCUAGUUGGUACUUAACAAACAGGUAUUUGUAGCAUAAUAUUUUGGGUCCACAAAAUAAUUUUUGAAAUUAUUUUUUGGAGUAUACGCAGCUUAUAAAAUUUGAUUGGAAGUGGACCAUUAUAGAGCUGCUUAGAGAAAUAAGGUGGGUACCUAAACAGAUCAGGUUCACAGUGGCAUCUUCAACUAUUUAUCUGAAUGGCCUAUUAUGAUAAGAUGUAUGUUCACACAUGCAAAUUUUAAAUGCCAUUUUAAAAAAGCAAAAAUACAGCUUGGGUUGAUUGCUAUAUACUGUGAAUGGUAAAAGGUCUGGAAGAUGAAGUAGCAAAGUCAGAGGACACAUUUGCUAAGAAUGAACAUUGCUCUAAACUACAGUAAGAGUAAUAGAGUUGGGCUCCUAGUGUUUGACAUUUCUUUAGAAAAGAGGUAGGAUAGUACAAAAUUGCACAUACAAGAACCUUUUGCUCAAGAACCCCAUAGGUAUAAUUAAUUACAAAGAUUUGCAGAGGUAUUGAACACAAGAUCAAAUACUGCAUAGAAUCAUAGCAUAAAUAAUCUAGCACAUGCUGAUCCGGUGGGACAGAGCAGUUUGUGACAUUAACCUGUGACUAUAUAUUUCUUCUAGUAGGGUUUUAUAUAUUUAGUACAAGAUUUGAGGUAGUGGUGAAACUGUUUGGUGCUCAUACCAACACUCCCAUUGACUUCAGUGAUAUUUAAUCAUGUGUAACUGUGUUGGGAAUUGCAGCAUCUGCUUGUGGCUUAAUUGUUACACUGCUAUUCUGUAGUGACUCCAGUGUAUUACAUCUAUUCAUAAACUGCCUAGUAAGUAUGAGAAUAAAGACAUUAUUGUGAAAUUGUGAUGGCAAAAAAAUCUCAGUUUGUUCAGAUUUCUUCUGUGGUUUUUGCAGGAAAAACAAGUGCAGACCAGCAGAGUUUUGUGAUUUAUAUGUGCAAUAGCAGUAAUGCUCCUUCAGCAACCAAACAUCUGAAAUGAAAAUAUUAUUUCUGGAAUUGUGCAGAUUUGCUGUUGUUAUUUCAAAAACUCCACCUACAAUUUCUGUCUCUCUUACACUCUGCCUUGCACAUUAUUUUAUCCUUGAAUUCCUUUUCAUAAUCCAUACAUGACCACUGCAUUGUUAUCACUUGGGUUUCCUGUAAGAAUUACUGUAAUUUAUAUUUCUGAACAGUAAUACUCCAGUUCACUGUAUCUUUAAAAGAAGACUCUCACCCAACUAUCAUAUAUUACUUAUCACAUUAUAUAAUACAGUAACUACUUUCAAAUGUGCUUUGUUAAUGUAUAACCAUGAGAAUUAUUACUUAGGGAUUAUUUCAAAUUAUUUAAUAAAAUAUUUUGUAUUUACAAGCGAUUAUAGGUUGCUGCACUCUAGAUCCUUAUUCUUCAGUGGUGAUCUCAUUAAAAAGGUAUGUGGUUGUUUCUCAGAGUAUGACAUAUUAUUCAAAGAUUACUGAAUCAGAGGUGUUUUCAUCUUCUGCUUUGAAUGGAUCUCAGUCUCCUGGACUAUGUAGUAUGUAUCUAUAAGUAAAUUUUAAUUAAUUUUAUCUUUUACUUGAGAAUAGUAUCCAAAAGUACAAACCACUAUAUAUCAAUUGUGUGUCUUGUGCUCUUUUGGUAUGCUUCCGUCUAAUGCAGUGUCCCUUUUAUAUGGGUAACUAUUGCAUUUAAAACUGAGUAUGGCAGAAUAGAAAAGGGAUUUAAUAUAGUAAUUGUACUAUGUUCAGUGUUCAAAUGGUCUCUCAUGAGAUUUUACUAUUUUUAAUUUUGUGUUAGAUUGAAGCUUUGUUUCAUCCUAAGUCCUUUGCCACUGGGUAAACAUUCCCAUUAGUUCUUCUUUA